AUGUUGUACUAUGGGCGAACCUACGGAACCCCACCGAUCGUCCACCGAUCGAACCCAUCGCUCCAGUUCACUCCAGUCCCAGCUGCUUUGAGGUCCUUGGCCGUCGUUGCCCGUUUUGGUGCCCGCCCCUGCGGUCGUGCUGCCGGUGCUGCUGCUGCGCUGGCCUGGCCAGCGCCGUACCAGUCCACCAAGACGACCACCUCGUCGCUGAUCCCUGGCAAGCGAGCACUCGGGGCCGUCCCUUGCCACAGGUCGGAAUCCAGCUGUCACGGAUCAAAACAUGCAUCUGCCGCCGUCGCCGGCGGCGCCGUGGGCGCGGCGCCCGGUGCCUAG